CCAUUGAUUCGACCGAAAAUGGCAACACAUCUUCGUCAUAAACCCACUCCCAGUCACAUCCAUUCCCACAUAUGACGUUUUCUAUCUCCCGACCACCGGGCCUAUACACCGCAUACACCUCACUCAGACUCGCCGCCACUCGAAAGCACUCUCAGACGGCACCUUUGAUGAAGAAAGCAUGACAGCUGGGGAUCCAUGAUCCUCGUUGGCCCGUGUGUGAGGUCGCCUACAUGUGUGCGUGUUUGUCCGUAAGUGUAGGUCUACCGAUUGGCAAGAGCAUGUGUAGAGGACCUGCAUGCAGCGCAGGUCAGUGUGCCAUCGAAGUCAAACCACGCCGCCUCUCCUCAGUUGCCAUCCGCAAAGCUUCAUGAACAGACCGCUGAAACACACCCAUGGCCACACACACUAUUCUACCUACCCCCUCGGUGUGUCUGGCGACUGCCUCAUAUCUACCUGGAGCAUCGGCGAGUGAAGCUCGUCAUUCGAUGACACUCCUGGCAUCAUCUCUCCACCAUCCUCAACAUCACCCCUCUCCCUCUCCCACGGCACCUUCUCCAUUCUCGUGCGGCCGGCUGACGGCGCACACUCAUCGACCAUCGUCUGCACUGCCGCAUAGCCCUCCGGUGCAGGGGCCACGUCGAUAAGGCGGGACAGGAACACAAGGACGGUGAGGGGCAGACAGGUGAGAAACACCGAAGCGGGCGCAUCUGGGGAGCGCGUGGACACGUCCCAGCCUGAACAGAAAGAUCGAGACGGCCAACUAUUAGUCAUGUGCGUGCAGCACCUUUGCGUUGCCCACCAGCGAGAUGGAAGAACAUGACAGCCAGCUGCAGCCUUCCGGUGUCUCGCCUCUCCCACGGCCACCCCCCCACGCCCCACGAGAGUGUGUCCGCACACCGACCCAGCAACGCCACUGCCACGGCCAGCACCGACGGGCUCUCACACCCCCCCUCACUGCUGCAGAUGGCUUCCCCAGCAUGUCUGCUGAGCGCCAGACCAAAGGCCACUGUCGGGAUGCUCUUGUGAGGGAUCGAUGAGGCCGGCGCCGCCCAUGACUUUGGAAGUGCGUGAUCGAGGGAGGAGAGAGACUCCAUCAGUUUGGGCCCCAGGGUGUCUGGUGGGUCGGGUGGGCCAUGGUGGGUGAGCGAGUGGAGAGUGGGGGCGUCGCGGAGCUGCAUCACGGCGAGGCUGCUGAGGACUACAGCCACAUCCUGCAGGAGAAGCAAAGGCAGCACAGCACCCAGAGACAGCAUUCAUUGCAGCUGCGGGGGCACUUCCAACAUGCGGUGCUUACUGUAGGGGUGAAAGAAGAGGCAUGGACAGCCGAGUAGGCCAGGAGAGACCGAAGCCAUUUCUCUUCAUGUACUUGCGUAGCAGCGAAGCAGUCCAUCGAAAACUGCAACAAGGCACACAUGGUGCAUGGUUUCCCUGCACCAUCCCCCUCUAGUCCCCCGCCUACCGCUGCCAAUCUGGGCCGCAUGGCGUCGGGCGACUCCUGCAGGCUCCUGCACACCUGUCUGCCCACUCGGUUGACCACCUGUUGCAUCCCCUGCCGUCCCAGCAUCGCUUCGCCCCAGCCCCUCAGUCCACACAUCAACACAGCACCCUGCAGCGCGCCAAUCUCCAAGCCACUCAUAACCUCCCCCUCACACAGGCGAUCCAGAAUGCCUUUGAAGCACCUCAAACACGACUCGUAUUCGGGCGGCAGCGUGCCGAGAGCACCGAUGACGAGGGCUAGGUUGCGGCCAGAGAGCCUUGGUGUGAGCCGCUCGGCUGUGCGUGCGAGGGGGAGGAGGAUGGACUCGUCGACCCAUGGGGGGCGGAAGGGGAGGGGGGAGGGGUGGGUGAUGUGGCGGUCGGGGUCGUGGGCACGGGUCAGCGAAUACAGGACGAUCGACAGAUCUGAAAGGGAGACGCGCAAUUCUUCUCUUCGCUUCUCCGUCUCUCUGGUCGUCGUGCGUACCGUCUUGUGUCAGCUCCUCAGAUUGACGCGCCAGUGUUGGAGCCAAGUGCAUGAGCACUUUUCGAUAGAUGCCCUCCAUCCUGCCAGCCACUUCCCCGCCCUCCUCCUGACCCAUGGAUAGCCGAAACUUCCGGAGGGCCUUGACUAUUGAUGACAUCUCGCUCAACGAGAAGCCACGGUUGAUGGACGCGCCCGGGGCGGCGACCACUGCGGCCGGCAGCGUCUUCUUGCUGUCAGCGAUCCGAGAAUGCGGCGGCUGUGAGGUGAUGUACUCGACGGCGGUCUCGCAGAAGUGAAGCCCCCCCAUCUGCAGAUUCGCCAUGGCCAGCAGCACAGUCGCAAACGACCUGGUAUCGCUCUCCGCCUCCUUUUCCCGGAGGAGUGUGGAGAAACGGUUGAGAAACACCACUUGAGCAGCCUUGGUCGGCGGCAAGUCGAAUCGUUCAAGUGCAUAGCCCACGUCAGCCAGGUCCUUGAAACUCAUCUGCUCGGCUACUUGCGCCAGGCGGUCGAUGAACAGCCGGAAAAGGUCGGGCUGGCUGAUGCCUGCUCGCGCAAACGCCCGCGAUAGGAUGCUGAGAUUCUUGGCGCUGAGGCCCCUGAGCUUCAGAGGGUCGGCCAGCAGUGCAUCAGCAACGCAGGUGAACACCUCUUCCACAGUCUCGUGCGGCAGUGUCGACGCCCCGCCCAGAUGGACGUUGCCGUAGCCGUUGGCCAGCAUGGUCAGCUCGCCUAUCUUGAAGCCGCCAUUGGGCGGCGACGACCGAAAGAGCCUUCUCACACGGGCAGCAAUGGACUCCAGCAGUGCCGUAUCGUCCAGCAGAGUCACUUUAGAGAAGGCGCUGACGAUCAUGACCACCCCCUGGGGCGUGAACUCCUCGAUGCGCCGCUGGCUAUGAGACGACAGUAGCUGGAACAGGUGCAGGUGGCGGAUGUCUGCUCGCGCAUAUGCGUUGGCCACCAUUGCAAGCUCGGCUGCGGGAAAGAGGGACAGGUGCCCCUGCAUCGCCGUUGCCACGUCGUGGAAGAACCGCUCGUUGGCCGUGCCGAGCUUGCUGAAGGCGUUGCAGAGCGUGGCGAAAUCCUGGGCAUUCAGACGAAAGAGAACCGGCUUGAUCUUGGCGGCUAUAGCUGACAGUAAAGGCUGGUCCCGAUAGUCGAAUCGAGCCAGCGAGUUGACGAGAAGAGAGAGCGCCUGAUGAUCCCCUGGUUGAGCCUCCAGUGUGUUCCGCAGAUAGCGCGAGACGACGAGCAGUAGAUCAUUGUCGCGAUGCUUCAGGCGGGCGAAGGCAUUCAGGCAGAUUGACAGCUUGGUCAGAUCAAACUUGGUUUGUUUGUCAAGAUCAGUCAGAUUGUCACGGAUGUUGGUACUCAGAGCCGACAGCAGGUCAGGCGGGUGACGAAAGGGCACCUUGCCGAGGGCUGUGAGGAUCCUCGUGAGGUCGCCUGGCGUGAAUUCAUUGGCCACUUGGACAGCCCGCGCGGCGUAGCUGCGCCAGAGGAGCGGCGAGGGCGGGGAUGACGUUGAUGCGGCAAGAGUUGCCGAUGUGACGAUGAAGUCGGCAAGCUUGCGGUGAUCCACAGCCUUCAAGCUCUCCAGAUGCUGCAUC